CCGUCGCGGAAGUUAAUGCCGCUGCUUUCUGCGACUGGGGAACCGUGGUGUAGCGCACCCCCAUUCUGAAGGAACUAGAAAAUGUACAGCCAGCGGUAUGGCCUCGUACAGCGGGAGGUUAAGGGCCCUACUCCUAAAGUGGUGAUUGUGAGAGCCAAGCCUCCCAAAGACCAAGGGACUGAGAGACACCUACAGAGAAUCCAACACAGCCAUCAGAAACAGCAUGCUAUUUUGGCUUCCAUUAAAUCACGUGAGCGGGACCGCUUGAAAACUGAGUGGCAACAGCACACUGACCGCAAGUUUGUGAAAAGUCUUGUGCAAGCAAGAGUCCAGGAUGCUAUGCAAGGGUUUAUCAUCAACACUGAAGAAAGACGAAACAAGCUACGUGAGCUUUUAGCAUCAGAAGAAAAUGAAUAUCUUUCUGAAAUGCAGUUGAAAGGAGAAACAAUUGAGGAGAAAAAAGAUAAAAUGAGAGAUAAAAUCAGAUUGCUGAAAGAGAAAAAAGAAAAAGAGAGACAGGAUUUUGUGACUGCAAAGCUAGACCAGCAAUUCAGGGAACGCUGCGAGGAGCUCCGUGUCAAGCUCUCUUCUAUCCAUCAGAAGAAAGUAUGUGAAGAGCGGAAAGCACAGGUCGCUUUCAAUGAGGAGCUGAAAAGGCAAAAGCUGCUGGAAGAGCAGAUGUUCUCAAAGCUCUGGGAGGAAGACCGAUUAGCCAAGGAAAAGCGAGAAGCUGAAGAGGCGAGGAGGCAGAAAGAGCUGGUGGGGAACAUGCGCCUGGGCCUGGAUGCCCAGAUCACCAGCAUCAGGGCCCAAUCGCAGGCUGCGCGGAGGCUGAAGGAAGAGGAGUCACGCCUGAUGGAAGACAUCUCUGCGCAGGUAAAACUUGAGAAUGAGCAGGAUAAGGUAAAGAAGCAAAAGAUUAAACAGGAAAAUAGAGCUGCUUUGGAUAAAGGCCUCCAAGAGAAGAUGGAGCAUGUGCAACAGGAACACAGAGAUGAACAGUCCCUGGACAUGCAGCUUGUGCAGAGGGCCUUACGAGACCUUCAGAAAGAGGCUGAUAAAAAGAAGCAAAAGAGGGAAGAUAUGAUGAGAGAACAGAAGAUAUAUAAUCAAUACUUAGCACAGCGACGUGAGGAAGAAAAAGCUCAGGAGAAAGAACUGGAUAGAAUACUGGAGGAAGAGAAAGAAAAGAAGAUGGCUGAGAAGGACAAGGAGCUGAGACUUGAAAAGGAGGCAAGAAAACAACUUGCAAAUGAGGUCAUGUGUACAAGAAAACUUCAAGUUCAAGAAAAGUUGCAACGAAAAGCAAAAGAACAGGAAGAACGUGCUAUGGAACAGGAACGUAUAAAUGAAGGUCUUAGGGAGCUGAACCGUGAAGAGAAGGAGAAUUUUGCAAGACGCUGUGGUUUAGCCCAGGAGUAUAAGAAGCAACUGCAAAUGCAAAUAUGCUACCAGCAGCAGGCCCGGGCGGCAAAGAUGGAAGAGGAACGCAGAGAGUUUGAAGCAGGGAGAGCGGCAGACAGGCAUUUCCAGGACAAGGUGCAGGAGAUCCUGUCCACUCAGCCACUGCUGCUGCAGAACGUCCAUCCCAUGCGGAGGGCGUGCCCCGAGAGUCUCCCUCCUUAGUUUUGUGAACCUCGGUGUAUCUUUCUUGUCUUUAAUAUUUUUAAUAACAGUCUGCUUACAUGUUUCUUUCAACCCAUGGAUAAACUGUGUUUUCUUCUCUGAAGUUGUGAAAUUCAAAUGCAAAUUAAGGUUUUUUCCCCUUUAUAAAUUGUAUAAACUUACAAAUCU